GUUACAGGUACAUGUGACAGCACUGCAGCGAUGAGUGGAAUUUUAAAGAGGAAGUUUGAAGAAGUUGAUGGCUCCUCGCCCUGCUCCUCUGUGCGGGAAUCAGAUGAUGAAGUUUCCAGCAGUGAAAGCGCUGACAGUGGGGACAGUGUCAAUCCGUCCACUUCUAAUCAUUUUCCCCCUUCCUCCAUCCUCAAAAGAGAGAAGCGGCUGAGGACCAAGAAUGUACAUUUCAGUUGCGUCACUGUGUACUACUUCACCAGGAGGCAGGGUUUCACGAGUGUGCCCAGCCAAGGCGGCAGCACCCUGGGCAUGUCCAACCGCCACAACAGCGUGCGCCAGUACACCCUGGGCGAAUUUGCCAGAGAGCAGGAGAGGCUCCACCGGGAGAUGCUGAGAGAACACCUCAGGGAGGAAAAACUGAAUUCUCUAAAACUAAAGAUGACAAAGAAUGGCACCGUGGAAUCUGAAGAAGCGAGCACUCUUACAGUGGAUGACAUUUCUGAUGAUGAUAUUGAUUUAGACAAUACCGAGGUGGAUGAGUACUUCUUUCUUCAACCCCUGCCGACAAAAAAACGAAGAGCACUGCUGCGGGCCUCUGGAGUUAAAAAGAUUGAUGUGGAGGAAAAGCAUGAGUUGAGGGCCAUCCGCCUGUCUCGAGAGGACUGUGGUUGUGACUGCCGGGUGUUCUGUGAUCCAGAAACGUGUACCUGCAGCCUGGCAGGCAUUAAGUGUCAGGUGGAUCGAAUGUCUUUCCCCUGUGGCUGCACUAAAGAAGGAUGCAGUAACACAGCAGGUAGAAUUGAAUUUAAUCCUAUCCGUGUCCGGACUCACUUUUUGCACACAAUAAUGAAACUUGAACUGGAGAAAAACCGAGAGCAGCAAAUCCCCGCGCUGAACGGCUGCCACGGGGAGAUAAGUGCGCACGGUAGUUCCAUGGGCCCGGUGGCUCACUCCGUCGAAUAUGCUCUCGCAGACAAUUUCGAGAUUGAAACGGAACCGCAGGCUGCCGUGCUGCACCUGCAGUCGGCCGAGGAGUUAGACUGCCAGGGGGAGGAAGAGGAGGAGGAGGAGGAGGAGGAUGGCAGCAGUUUCUGCAGCGGAGUCACGGACUCCAGCACACAGAGCCUGGCCCCCAGUGAGUCCGAGGAAGAGGAGGAGGAAGAGGAGGAGGAGGAGGAAGAGGACGACGACGAGAAAGGGGACAGUUUCGUGGAAGGUCUGGGUCCCCACGCCGAGGUGGUCCCUCUUCCUUCCGUCCUUUGUUACUCCGAUGGCACCGCCAUCCACGAGAGCCACUCAAAGAACGCUCCUUUUUAUGCCAACUCUUCGACCCUCUAUUACCAAAUAGAUAGCCACAUUCCAGGAACUCCCAACCAGAUCUCUGAGAACUAUCCGGAAAGAGAGACUGUCAAGAGCGGUACCCUCUCGCUGGUGCCUUACACCAUGACCCCGGAGCAGUUCGUGGACUACGCCCGGCAAGCCGAAGAGGCAUACGGCGCCUCCCACUAUCCAGCCGCCAACCCCUCCGUCAUCGUUUGCUGCUCCUCUUCGGAAAGUGACGGCGGCGUGCCCUGCAACAGCUUAUAUCCCGAACACAGGUCCAGUCAUCCUCAAGUGGAAUUUCACUCAUACUUGAAAGGCCCCUCCCAGGAAGGGUUUGUCUCUGCGAUGAAUGGUGACAGUCACAUUUCAGAGCAUCCUGCUGAAGAUCCUUUGAGCCUUGCAGAAAAGAGUAGAUUGCACGAAGAGUGCAUCAAAUCGCCCGUGGUCGAGACUGUCCCUGUUUAG